AUGAAGAGAAACCACGAUAAUGCCGGAACAUCAAACGACUCCGCCACUAAUUCAUCCGAAGCUACGAAUAACCCGCUUUUACCAUAUAUCUCAGAAUUCGAUGAAGUUCAGAAGAAGCUUUUGUCACUGGAUGAGGAGUGUGCCAACGAACAGAUGAACCUGCAAAGAAAGUUCGAUAAGAAGAAACAGCCAUUUUUCGAUAAACGACAAGAAAUAAUAGACAAAAUACCAGGAUUUUGGUGCAAAGCCCUUACACAUCACCCAGCACUUAGCUACUUGACCUCCGCAGACCUUCCAGUACUCGAACACCUGAAAAGCAUCCAGCUAUUCGAUAAUCUUGACAACAAUGGAUCGUAUAAAUUGACACUCAACUUCACCGACAAGGCUAAGGAAUACAUGAGCCCGCUUUCUUUGACUAAACAUGUGGUGUUUGACCUAAAUAAAGAGAGCGUUAAGGAGUGUACUAAAAUAACCUGGAAGCCUGGGAAGAGCCCUGUGGAAGAAGCACUGAAGGCUAGGAAAAAUGACAAGUGUAUCGAUUGGUCACUUUUCGAGUGGUUCACUGAGGACGAGUGGCUUAACAGGCCCGACGUCGGAGAAAUAAUAAGGAGGGAGAUAUGGCACGCACCGCUGGCCUACUACAUGGACACCGUUUCCAUAGACUAUUUUGACGACGAGUACGAUAUGAUAGAUGAUGAAGAUGACAUGUAA